ACAGCCAGAUUGGGUUCCUAAAACAAAAAAUGUCGCAUUUGAAGGAAUUUCAUCUUCUGGAAUAUGAUAUAAUUGGAUUUGAUUUGGAUGGCACGUUGCUAAGGUUUAAUCUUAAUAAUAUGGUUCCAUUGGUAUACGAACUCUUAGUCAAAUAUUUGGUGGAGAGAAAUUAUCCACCUGUCUUUCUCGAAAAGAAUUUCGAUGGUGAUUUUCUACAAAAAGGUUUGAUAUUAGAUGCAGAGCGAGGGAAUUUAUUAAAAUUAGCAGUCAAUGGCGAAAUUCUAAAAGCUGCCCAUGGUACACGUUUCCUUAGGGCUGACGAAAUCGAAGAAAUUUAUGGAACGACAAAUACAUGGGAUGUAGCUCAAGACUACAUCAAAGAUCCCCUGGCUGCAUGGAAUGGACCGUUGUCGAAAAAAAUAAGAACAUUGGUGGACUAUUUUAAUAUAGCGGCGUUUUUGGUGUUUGCCCAAGCUGUUGAUAUACUGGACGAAAAAGAAGACACACCAAAUAAAAAUAAUGGUUUGCGAAAAACCGACUAUAGUAACGUCUGGCCAGAUAUAUUAUCAGGAUUGGUGAAUUUGUAUUCGCGAAAUAAUUUUUCCAAUGGAGAAAGCGGUUAUUUUAAGGCAUUAAAGGAAAAUCCGGAGAAAUACAUUCUGAAGACAGACCACAAAGUAAUACAACACCUUAAAGAUUUGCGUUUCGCAGGAAAGGCUGUAUAUUUAUUGACAGGUUCGAAUAUAGAUUUUGCCAACUUUACGGCUUCUUAUGCAUUGGGAACCAAUUGGAGGGAUUUAUUUCACUGUGUUAUAUCAUUCGCCCUGAAGCCUGGUUUCUUUUAUAUGCAAAGAAAUUUUCUUCAAAAUGACAACUUGGUCGAAAUACCGUGUAGUGAAAUAGCACUGCAAGAUGAUCUGCUAUCAAAAGGAAACAGCUUCAGCCAGGGCAAUUGGCAACAGUUAAAAGAGAGUCUAUGUAAACAUAUUCUUAGCAUAGAUGUAAGUGACGCUCAUUGCCUAUAUUUUGGAGAUAAUUUAUUGCAAGAUGUAUAUGCACCAUACACCAAGGCAUCUAUGGAUUCUAUAGCUAUAUGUGAAGAACUUUUAGAAUAUGAAAAUGGAUAUGAGUACAGACCUAUAGUACAUUCAUCUUCCUGGGGAUCUUAUUUUUGUGUGAAUGAAAAAUUCACUCUAUGGUCCGGUAUUAUUGCGAACUGUUCACAAUUAUGUAUUCCAAAUAUGGAUGCUAUAGUCGAUGUUCCUCAUCAAGAGAAAUUUCUAUCUCGUGAUGUUCAACGCUAUGCUUCAAAUCUGUCAAACGAUCAGUUAGUGGAUUAA